CAGUCAAAGUAAAACUAUAAUAACAAACCGAACUCAAACAUAAACUGCAAAACAAACAAAGACGUGCGCGUGCGCACACACAGCUUCGUGCGUCUCUCGAACUCGCGUCCUUGUCACACUUCCCAUUAACAGCGGUAACUUCCCACACAGGAUUAUAACUUAUCAUCAGUAUACUCUUACAUUAAAGGUCAGCAUUAUGCACAUGAUUAUUCAGCUUCUUCUGCUUUCAAUUCCAACCGUUACCACACAUGGCGCUCACUCCUUUUGGGUGUUUAUAACCUAUAUUAAAGGAAACACGCCAUUCCCUGUAUUUAGUGCCACACUGAUGUUGGAUGAUACCACAGUGGGAUACUUUGAUUCUGAGACGGGGAAUUACGUUCCAAGAGGAAACACAACAAAUGAAGAUGAUGUGUUCAACCUAGGGGACACUACCACCAUAAGGGAUGAUAUAUAUGCUAAUCUUGUGCUAAGAUCAAGACAUGGAAACCAUACAGAAAACCUUGUAGUUUAUCAGGUGGUGGGUCUUUGUGAACUAUGGGACAAUGACAAGCCUGGACUAAUGAUCACCAAGACUGCUUUUAGUGGUUUUACUAUAGAAGAAGUGCAAUAUGUUGAUGGCAAGUUUACAUAUAAGGACCAAAAUCAGGAUAAAAAUCCAUAUCUGCAGAUUAUCUUGUGGUAUCAUGAGAAUUUAGCCUUUCCAAACUGCAUAAAAACUCUCAAGACAUACCUUAAAAAAAGAGGAGCCCAAGUAAACAGGAAAGUGAAACCCAGGGUGAGAAUAAUACAGAAAGCAAACACAGAUUCUGGAGUGUCUCGGGUGAGUUGUCUGGCAACCGGAUUUUACCCUCGUCACAUCAACCUUACCCUUUUCAGAGAUGGGCAGCCUGUAUCUGAUCAUGAGAUCACUGGAGGAGAUCUGCUGCCCAAUGGUGACGGGACGUACCAGAUGAGGAAGAGUCUGGAGAUCAGUGCAGAGGAACAGAGAGAGAAACACAAAUACACCUGCUCUGCUACACACCUCAGUCUGGACAACAAACUGGACAUUGAUUUGGAGUAUGAAGGGAAACCAAUAACAUCAAUUAUUUCCUCUGUGCUGAUGGUUCUGGUGUUUCUGUUGGUUUUGGGGACUGGAGCUGCUAUAAUCACAUGGAAGAGAAGACGUACAGAUGCGACUAAAAGUGAUUAUUCCUCCACUUCUACAUCUGACGAACACGUGGAAACACCAUCAUAAAUUUAAUGUAAAUUUAAUCACAUGAUGCUACAUGGAUCAGCGGAGAAAUAAGUUCUGUUAAACUGCCAAUUUAUGGGCUUUCAAAUGAAUGGUGGCUAUAUAUAUAUAUAUAUAUAUAUAUAUAUAUAUAUAUAUAUAUAUAUAUAUAUACACAUAUACACUAUAUGGCCAAAAUUGUGUGGACACCAUAUGUGCUUGAUGAACAUUUGAUUUCAAAACCUUAGGCAUCAAUUUCCCCCUUUGCUGUAAUAACAGCUUCCACUCUUUUGGGAAGGCUUUCCACUAUACUGUAUGUAGUAACAUGGCUGCAGGGAUUUGCACUCAUUCAGACACAAGGCUAUCAGUGAGGUCAGGAACUAAUGUUGGUCGAUGGGGCCUGACUUACAGUUGUUGUUCCAGUUCACCCCAAAAGUGAUCAGUGGGGUUCAGGUCUGGGCUUUGUGCAGGCCAGUCAAUUUCUUCCACGCCAGACACAGUAAACCAUCACUUUGUUCACAGGGGCAUUGUCAUGCUGGAACAGAAAAGGGCUAUCCCCAAACAGUUGCCACAAAUUUGGAAGCACACAAAGCCCAAGCCAUUACAUAAAGAAACAUUAAGAUUUUUCUUUAUUGGAUUUAAUGGAGCAACCAAAAUUCGUAAAUUAGAAAGGGGUGUCCACAAACUUUUGGCCUUAUAGUGUAUAUAUAAAAGUAAAAUCUUGUUUUUGGUAUAGUUUUUUUUUAUUUUUAUUUUUUUUUAAGAGAAUAUCCAUUGCAUGUUUUUUAAAAGUGAAUCUAUCUUGUUAUUCACUGGUUAAAUGUAAAUUAUGUCAAACUUCUGUGUCAACUGUCAUUGUGUUAACACUUUAUUUUGUUGGUCCCCUUACAGAUAAUCAACUGACUAUAAGUGACUUAUCAACUGAUUUGCUAUAGCUAGUAAACAGUGUUUCAACAAACAUUCAGUAGACUUUCAGUAGCCUCUAUAUAGAUCUUUAUUAAUGAUCUACUUACAUUAUUGAUGAGAACAUCAGUUCAUUAAAAUUGUUGGACAGAACAAUGACUUUUGUACAUUUAUAUUUCUUUCUCAUACAGUCUAUGUGCUGGUUGCAAUGUGGUGCUGCUAUUCCUGUGUGUUAUUAUCAGUAUUGGUAUUUACCAUCUGCUGAUAGUCUGUUUUAAAAAGGAGACAUGUAGCAGUCAGUUAACCAAAUUCCUUAGAUGUUCACUUUAUUUUGAUGGUCCCUAGGUAACUAUAGAUGAACAGUUGAUACUACCUUAAAGUAAAGUGACUCUGUACUGAUAGGAAAUUCAUAUGCAACAAACAGUCAGUAGAGCAUUUCCAGAAAACCUUUGGGUAACUAAAGGUGAAAUAAGAUAACGAGCAGUUGAGCAAAGAAAUGUAAUAGGUCAUUAAUAAAGAUCUAUAU